AUGCCGAAGAGUUGUCAUCUUCUUGGCCGGCUACUUGUUGGAGUAGUUUAUGUCGAGCUCUUUACCCUCAAAUUCAAACAUGUGGGUGCAAAAUGCUAUCUUGCUCUAUUGUUACGUAGCAAUAGAAGCCUGAUUAUGCUGCUUCGGCGACGUUUUUUUGCCUUCUCUUCGCUCUGGACAGGAGCGCUAGUGGACACGGGGAGGGAGCAGGCAAAGCGUGUCGUUCGUAAUGGAAAGAAAGAUACCACUACUUCGCCUCUUUGUUGGAUCGCCG